GGCGGCAGUGCUGCCGGCGGUAGGCUGCUGCUGACGGAGUCCCCUGCCAGGGUGCUGCUUCUGCCGCCAGCGCUGGCGGCGGUAGCGGAGGAGCUUCGAGAUCCCCUGUACGACGAUCUGAUAACGGCGCUAUACCAGCAUGACGCGGAAGGCGUUCGCUCCGUAACCGACUUCCUAGCGGACUUAUCAGCAUGUCUGACCCAUGGGUCACUGGAGCCACAGCAGUGCCUGCACUGGACAGACCCACGGGUCCAGACUGCGGCACAUGGUGUGGGCGUGCAUGUGUGCACAUUACCGUCGGACGCAUCUGACCGCGCCCACGUGGGCAUUGUGGAGGUGUUGGCUGCAGCUACAGCCACGCCCUUGGCUGCGCUGCCUGGCGCAGCUGCUGGGAAUGACAGCGUUGCCACACCUGACUGCUCCAACAACACGCUCCCCAGCAGUGCAGUCAGCAGCGGGCCAUGCACCGGGGCUGGAUCUUCCCAGCGCUCUCUUCCCAGCGUAGGCCGCUGCGACAGCGCAGGCAGCUCCACCACAGACGGCGGCGGCAGCGGAGGCGUGUACUGCGUCAUACCGUACGAGAGGAGCGGCGGACCCAAUGCAACGACGGGGCUUCUGCCGCUGUCGGCGGGGCCGGCGUCUGCGUACUCGUCGUCAACGGCUACGGUGGCAGGGCAGCCUGGGAGUACCGCCGAUGUCUACGAGGGCGGCGGCAUGGGCUGCUUUCCGUUACAUGGGCCCAACGCAACGGCCGACGUUGGGAACAACAACAACAACAACAGCAACAUCCUCGGCGGUGAAGGUGGCAUGUGCGUUUGGAGGCCGGCAGCUGUUGAGGUGGCGCCGGUGACGGCGGCUCCCGCAGCUCCCCUUGCAACGUCGGAUGGUGAGUCGCGUUUGCUGUCCGGCGGCCGUUUGGAUUUACGGGAUGUCAUGGACGGAGCCGUACGACUUGCAAAACGUACGGCAGGGGUAGGUGCGGAGGCAGGGGGGACAGCUGCGUGGCCGCUGAAGGCUGUGGGGUCAUGUAGUAGCGUGGACGAGCGGCGGCGGCAUCUGCUGGAGUAUACGCGGCUCUGCGGCUGGCGAGUCACGUCAAGGCUGUUGCUUGGCUUGAGCUCGGAGGGUGAUGAGGGCGGCGGCGAUGGUGGUGGCGAUGGUACCAUUGGCGGUAUGGGUGGUGAUGCCCCAUGCAGCUUCGUCACUGCUCAGCAGCGUAUGUGACGGGGGCUUCAGAAAUGGCAUGCCAGUUUCCAGAGGCUCGUGUUGUUGGGCGGUUUGAGGGUUUAGGAAUGCAGGAGCGUGUCUGUGAUUCUUGCAGUGCCGCCUUCCUGGUUGGUCGCUGCGUCCGUGUGCUGAGAAGCAGGGCAGUUUGCAUGCCGGCAGUGUGUUUUCUUCCCGCAUGAAGCAUAGCUGCGUGUUGCUACGAGGGUUACCUGUCUGGGUGCCUUGUCUUGUUCGCUCCCAUUGUUGUGUUGUUGGGUAUCCUGUUGGCAAAACCGCAUGCAGAGCUGACGUGUGCAUACCGACGUCGUCCAGGGAGGUGUGACUUCACUCGCCACAACUUUUUCCUUGAGCCGGCAUGGCAUGUGUCAUACGCAUGUUCCAUGACACGUCUUACUGUUUGGGGGGCGCACGCGCUGCCUCGCUACCGGUACAGGCGGGUACCGGUUGGAGGGGGCCGCAAUCGCGGUGCUAGGAAGGCCCCAUGCGCCGGGCGCUGGGUGCAUACUCCUGUUGUUUGUCAACAUGAAUCGCAACAUGAAGGGCGGCGCACGCUACGUUUCAAGCUCAAUCUUGGUCACUAGGGGUGCGUUUUGCGAGAGGGCUGUUGCAGCCGCUGCAAUCAUCGAAACAAUCUUGAAUCAAUAACACGGGGCAACACCACAUAAUUUUGCUAAAAUCACAUGGGGGCAACACAUAUUUUUGCUGAUUCGCCUGGGGACACCACACACAUCAGCUAUUUCACAUGGGGGCACCACGGAUUCUUGCUAGCAUUCAUCUUAUAUCCAUAUCCGUAUCUUAACCGUUUAGGCCGCAUGCCUUAUUUUACCAUGACUGUCCUGAUCAUCGCUGUAAGCACGUAGCUGCAUGCGGCGGUUUGUUGUCGCGAGAGGGGGAGAAGUUGUGGCAGUGCUGCACUGGGUGUGGAUGGGCACUCGCGGGAGUGCGUAGGGAAGCGUUCAUACGUACUCGCGUGGAACUGUGUAACCCCCUGGGGACCUUGUUUUGCGGGCGGAGGCGGGGUCGUAGCUGUCCCUGCCCCUUGGUGACUACCGUCCCGCUCGUUUGUUGCAAUUGCGGGAUUUUACCAUAGUUGUUGGGAAGGUGGAUGACGGUUCGGCCGGAUUGAGAAACAACAUCGGGGCCUCUUGGACCGUUCGAGUAGUGGGCCUUCCUCCUCGCUUUGACCUGCAGAGGUUUUCCCCCAUGUAACCAAGUACU